AUGCAAGAUAGCAGCAGUGGCGACGUUAUCGACAUAGACAGUGGAGUGGGACUGGGCGGACUCGCAGGCCCAUUGUCACAGCAGGGAAACCCAGACAUGAAUCUGGGCAGUCCGGACGCCAUGAACCCACAGGCGGUGAAAAGGGUGCACGACAUGCUCUCGCCGCCAAGAUCGACGCCGGUUGUCGGCACGAGUGUGAACACGAAUGGAUACGCAGACGAGAGCACUGCGUCCAAGAUCAAUAUGUCAAAUAGUGGCACAGCAGGCGCCACAGCUGGAGAAGAUGAAGAUAACAAGGUGUUCAACGGAGAAGUCAACACGAAGAUCGCUUGCUUGACGUGUCGGGAGAAGAAGCUCAAGUGCGACAAGCUGUUGCCUGUGUGCAGCCGGUGUGCCAAGAAGGGCUGUCCGUGCAUCUACGUGGAGCACAAGAAGACCGGUCCCAAGCCGAACUCCGUUGCAAGGGUGAAAAAGCAUGACCUGUCUUCGUCUUCAAAUGAGAACUCGGAAAACGAAAAUGCCGCAGGCUCGCAUAUCAAUGCUCACGUCGGAGCUAGCGUGAACGGGAACGGGAAUGGGAACGACAGCAUAAACAUGGGUGGCGCCAACGCCAACGCACAGACACUGGCGAAGAAAAUGUCUGUCAGGUGGAAGAGGGUCAAAACCGCAGACCCCUACUCGACCGUUUUCAGCCAGCCAGAUCAAUUGCAGCAGGCGUCACCAUCGCAGACGCAGAACUCGACCCGUAUACCGGUUUUGAACUUCAUGAACCCCUCGGCGCACUCCACCCCCGCUUCAUCAUCAAGCAACCAUUAUUACGGACAGCCCUUGGUCAGUAGCAACACUGCCGACUUGAGAAAUGUUGACUACAACGAAGGGCACAAAAUGAAUAUUUCAGGCCUUCCCAACAUCAAUGAACCACAUCGUCAUCCGAUACCUGGUUCAAUACCUAAUUCUGUAAACAACAUUAACGACAAUAAUGACAAUACCGACCUUGGUCACAUGAUUAAUGAUAAUAAUAAUAAUGCUCACGAGAGCAACAAUAAUAACGGUGAAAUGAACAAAAACAAAAGUAGCAACGUUGAUACUAACAGCAACAACAACAAUAACAAUAAUGCUCGCAUGGCAUAUGCAGGCUCUCUGAAUUCCCAAAUCCAUCAGCACACUGCGAAGCUGAAAAUACCAGAAACCUUUAAUACGAACCUAACUAAUCUCACCAAUAAGUCCUUUGAAGAGGUGAUAGGCUUGCCUCACUUAAACCUUACAAUGCAGGAUAUUGACAAAUUUCACUCGUUUUACUUCAAUUCAAGUACAAGAAUCUUCAAGUACUCCAUCCAAAGAUACUACAACACUUUUGUCAAAGAGCCAAAAUCAAUUUUGCACUACUCGUACAUGAUAUGGACAAUGGCAUGCUUCUACUUGGAUGAGUAUGAAUACAUGGUGGAAAAAAUGUAUAAAUCUGCUUUGGUCCAAAUGAACAACUAUUGGGAAUCCAACAGAGACUCGUUUCAUUCUGACAUUCUAACCUAUUUACAUGCUCUUUGCCUAAAAUCACAGUUCGAAUUUUUAUCAGGCAGAGAAAUGAGGGCAGCUUUAACAGUUGCUUCUUCCAUCAGACUCACCCAAAUGUAUGGGUAUGACCAAAUAGACCUUUCUCCAACAACUUUGGGCAGCCCAGCCAUUUUUUUCAGAAGUAGUUCUAUAACUUCCGAAAAAUACGAGUCAACAAAUACACUACUACAAGACGAUAAUUUAGAUCCAGAUAUCCCUUUGGUUGAAGAGCGCAGGCGUGUCCUUUGGGAAGUCUUUGCCAUAGACAAGUGGUCUUCUCUUGUCACUGGCCUACCUUGUGCCCUAUCCGUUGACAGCUUAUCGGUCAUUUUUACAAAACUACCAUCUCCAACGACUUUUUUGCCGCUAAAUAAUGACUCGGAAAUGUCAGAGUCAGAAAAUGAACAAAGCAGUUUUUAUUUGCAUGAAGCAAUGCAGAAAUUAGAUAAUAAUCAAGUAUUACUUGACAUAAAUUCAUCUUCUUCCAAAAUUUUGUUAUUGACUAUUUCUGAAAACAUUAUUAAAUGGUGUAAGAUGUUUUUAAAUAUGGUUGAAUUAGAGACCUUGAAGUCUCAGUCAAGCAUAGAAUCAAUCAGAAACAAAGUAGAUGAAUUGGUAAGGAAUUUCGAAAGCAUGCAUAAUAACUUGUUGUUUUUCGAUUUAACUACAGAACCUUUGAUGAACAUCGUGAUCACAAAUACUUCCACCCUUCUAUAUCAAAGUGUCUUGAUCAAAUUUGGAUCAUUGUUUGAUUUGCAAUUCAAGGAAAACCCAACUGGAGCGAAUAUUUCUGAGAAUGAGAUCAGAUUAUUCAAAGAUAUUUUAUAUGAGGUCUCAGCGAUGAGUGAAAAGUUGGUUUCACGAUUCAUCAAAAAAUCACACAUAGAGAAUCAUUUGAAAAAAGCACCUGUUUUCAUAGUUUUCAUUAACAGUAUCAAAUCCCUUUUUCAAUGUAUUGCCUUUGUAUAUAGAUUCAAUAAGAUCUUGCACGUUGACGAAGAAAGAAAAAAGUCGUUACUUGAUACAAUCAAUUCGUGUGCUACAGUUAUAAAUGGAAUGUCUGUCAAAACUCCGAUUGUGGAGAAGACAAAAGAUAUUAUAAAUAAUGGUCAAGAAUUAUUGGAUCAUUCUGCACACAUGCUUUCCUUCUUCGACUCUUUCUUUGACUCGGCCAGAUCUUUUUGA